UUCUCCGUCUCCUCUCCUUUUCAUCCAAUUUUCUUGUGUUAUCUAUUGAAAACCAGCAACAGAGAAUGUAUGCGAAUGCUGUGAUUAGGUGCAGGACAUCUCUACACCACCAUUACCAACAGCAUAAAUCUCUUGUUUGGUUCUCACAGAAACAGCAUCAACUAACCAGUAAUACUAAUAAUCAUCGUAGUAAUUUCUCAACUCAAUCUUCAAUCCUACCUCCUCCUGAUGUUUCUCAUUUAGCUCAAACUGCUCGAAUCUCUCUCACACCAGACGAGGUUGAGGAGUUUGCUCCUAAAAUUCGACAAGUAAUUGACUGGGAUUGUCACGACGCAACCAAAUUCAUUGCCAAGAUUUUUGAUAGAGAGAUUGUGGUGAGAGACGUAAAGCGGUUCCAUCAUUUCAAGGAUGGGUUUUGCUCUUGUGGGGAACUGGGGGUUACUGGUUUGGACAACUUCAAGCAGUUGAUCUUCAUAGCAUUGAACCAGCACUUCGCGCAGAUACCGAAGGUUACAAUUUACGAGAAGAUGUACCUGAAACAUUUGACAAUAGGGAGGCGAUCUUAUCUGCUGUUCCAAGUUUCGAGGAACCAUACAUCAAAGUCCCUAAAAUCUUGAACAAAGAGUGAUAUCCUGGUCAAAAUUUUCUUUGGUAAGCACACAACUCAAUUCCAGCAAGCAAAGAAUGAGUACUGUAAGAGGCAUCUAUAUUUAUUUUCAAGACAUUCAGAGGAGGUGUGUUCCAAGUAACAUUCAUAUUAGUUCUAUUUCUAGCAGAAUUAUUUGAUAGAAUAGGUGCAUUGUGUAAAAUGAUGCUGAGUAAUAUAAAAGUAAACCUGAUGAAUAAUAGUGGCAUGAUUAGGAGCAAGGUUACUAAAUAUUACUCUGCAUCUUUGUUUCCAAAUAAAGUGCAUAAUGCAAACUGUAAUAUGUAUCAAAUGAGGAGUAUGAUGAAUGUUUAUAUCAGAAUCCUGAGAUUGCCAACUCUGAACCCAAGGAAGAACAGAAGUAUGUUGCAGUAUAUUGUUGAGGGAAAAAUUGUCUCUAUAUGGCUUGCGAGUAAGAACGGUGCAAUAACAGAUGAUCUACAUCUUCAGGUUGAUCAGAGCUGCAGAGAACACAGUGUUGAUCAACAGAACCCAUAUGCUGAAAUAAUCUAGAUCUCACUGGCAGAGCAUUAUGUAAUACUUUCCACAUGAAAAUCUGAUACUUGCAAGGCAUUUUCAAUUUCUAAUAUUUUAACCAUAACUGUGAAGACAGAUUCAAAGUUGCACUGGAAAUAGUAUCUUGUUCACAAAGCAUUUUGUAAGUUGAUUGAUUUGUAAAAUACCAGAAGCAGUAAAAGGCCAAAUAAGUUUA